ACGUAAAGCUUGCAAAUGGCGAACAGCUGAUUCUGAGACUGCGCGGUAUUCAACAUAGUCCAGUACAUCUGUUGUUCACGUUUUUGUGCACAAAAUGCGGAGAAAAAAGUCGAACAGUUGAUACUAAACCCGGACAUCCCGAAUAUAUCAUUGGGAGGAAUGACAAUAAGACUCACUUGUUUGAAGUACUACUGUUAUUCUCCAGACUUCCUGCUGGUAUUUUACUUAUUACAUGUAAAAUACCCAGAAAAAAUUGUCGUCAGUUUUCAUGAACAUACACAAUGUUGUCUCUUUGUGGAAGAGCAGUACUUGUAAAACAAUGGAGCUGUCAAAAUGAAUUUCUCCAGAUUCUUUGUAAGUAUGUCAGCACCCAAGGCCCCCAGGGUGACAGUUCUGCAUACUUUAGUGAUGGUCCGAGAUCUCAGAAGUUGUCAUGGUCAACAUCUACUGGAAAUAAUUCUCUUCUUCCUAAACAAGCUCAAGUGGUAAUAUGUGGUGCUGGAACAGUAGCAAAUUCUGUAGCAUAUCAUCUUGUGCAAAGUGGGUGGCAUGAUAUAUUGGUACUGGAACAAGAAAGGAUUGGAAGUGGCACAUCUUCAUUUGGCUCUGGCACCUUGGGCCUGUUUAAACCUAUGGCUGACAGACAUCUUAUUAUGUACAGCAUUAAACUAUAUCGACAGCUUGAGGAAUUGGGAUAUGACAUAGGUUUAAAACAGUGCGGUAGCUUGAAUUUGGCUCAGACCAAGGACAGGAUGAUAUCAUUACGUCGUCGAAUGGCAUACCAUCAGGCAACUGGUUUACAUUGCGAAGUUGUUGGUAGCAAUGAGCUUAAGAAAUUGCAUCCAUACUUGAGAACUGAAGACUUGGUUGGAGCAAUCUGGGUUCCUGAGGAUGCUGUGGCAAAACCUCAAGCUGUGUGUUAUGUUUUAGCAAAGUUGGCAAGAGAAGGAGGUGCACGAUAUGUUGAAGACUGCCAGGUGGUACAAGUUUUAACUGAAAAUGCUCGAGUAAAAGCUGUAGCAACCAACAAUGGAACUGUGUUAUGUGAAUAUUUUAUCAACUGUGCAGGAAUGUGGGCAAGAGAGCUGGGCCAGCGAUGUAGCCCUAAGGUGCGUGUGCCUGCUGUCCCAGCAGAACACUUCUAUGCAACAACUGCGUCACCACAACUGUUGUUAGAUCCGUGGUUGCCAUGUGUGAGGGAUUAUGAUGCACAUACAUAUGCUAGAGAGUGGGAAGGAGGUUUUAUGGUCGGUGGUUUUGAAAAAGAAGCAAAACCUGCAUUUGGGGGUGGAGGUAUUCCUGAAGAAUGGAGAAAUCGCUUACCUCAAGACUGGGCCCAUUUCAAACCACUGUGGGAGAAAGCGGUACACAGGUUACCUAUACUGAAUGACAUGGCAACGCCAGUCCUUACUAAUUCACCAGAUAAUUUUACUCCUGAUGGAAAGUGGAUUCUGGGAGAAACACCUGAGGUAGACAACUACUUUGUAGCAGUGGGGAUGAAUGGUAAUUCAUUGCAAGGUGCUGGAGGGAUUGGGAAAGCAGUGGCUGAGUGGAUCAUUGAAGGUGAACCAACAACAGAACUGCUUCCAUUCAGUGUCCAGCGUUUUAUAGAUUUACAUAACAAUAGACAGUAUUUACAAGAAAGAGCAAGAGAAAUUGUUGGAAGGCACUACAGUAUUCUUUACCCUCAUCAGUCAGAGUACAAAUACGCAAGAAAACUGCGCUGUUCACCAUUGUACAGUGAACUAGAAAGCAGAGGUGCUGUAUUUGGAACACGCAUGGGUUAUGAAAGACCUCUUUACUUUGAUUCAACAUACAAGCGUGGUGAUCCUUUACCCGAAAUGCCUCGAGGAAGCUUCUACAAACCAAAGUUCUUUGACUUUAUGCGUGAAGAAUAUUUGGCAUGCAGAGAAGGAGUUGGCAUAAUUGACAUGUCGUCAUUCUCUAAGAUAGAAAUAAAGUCUUCUGGCACUGAAGUUGUUGACUAUCUCCAAAAGCUUUGCUCUAAUGAUGUAAAUAUUCCAGUAGGUGGUAUAUCUCAUACUGGAAUGCAGAAUGAAAGAGGUGGUUAUGAAAAUGACUGCAUGUUAGUUCGAAAAACUGAUAACAGCUACUUCAUGGUGUCACCAACUAGUCAACAGACAAGGAUAUUUGAAUGGAUGCGGCGACAUCUUCCUGCCAAUCGAAGUGUAGGAAUUUCUGAUCUCACAUCAAUGUACACAGUCAUAAAUGUGGUUGGGCCUAAGGCACCUGACCUGAUGGCAGAACUGUCAAACUCUGAUGUUAAUCUUCAUCCUUUUACAUACAAACAAAUUAAUGUUGGGUAUGCAUCAGAUGUUAUGGUAAUGGCAUUCACACACACAGGGGAGCCAGGAUAUUGUCUCUAUGUUCCAUCAGAAUAUGCUUUGCAUGUAUAUGAGCAACUGAUGAUGAUCGGACAUGACUAUGGUGCAAGAGAUGUCGGCUGCUUGACACAACGUUUCAUGAGAAUUGAGAGGUUUAUUCCAUUUUGGGGAGAAGAGCUCACAAGUCUGGUGACUCCAUUUGAAGCAGGAAGUGGUUUCCGAGUAAAGCUCGAUAAAGAGUACUUCAUUGGAAAAUUUGCUCUCCAGCGUCAGAAGGAGCAGGGUGUGACAAAAAGGCUUGUUUUGUUUGUACUGGAGGAUAUCGAUCCCGAUAAACAUGUAUGGCCGUGGGGCGGUGAACCACUGUACAGAAAUAAUGAAUUUGUUGGGACUGUCACAUCAGCAGGGUAUGGUUUCACACUUGACAAACUAAUAUGCUUGGGUUAUAUUAGACACCCUGGAUUAACCAACAGUGAUUCAAGACCCAUUGUCACAAAUGACUUCAUAAUUACCCGAAAUGCGAAGUAUGAAGUUGAUAUUGCAGGCCAAAGAGUAACUGCUAAGCCACACAUGCAUGUUCCAUUUUUUACUACAGUGAAAAGGAAGACAAGUGACAAUCAUUAUCGGCCAACUCUCAUCAAGGAAAAGUCUGUGCAAUAAUCAGACACUUAAACUGAAUGUUUGGAGUCUGCAAAGCUCUUAUUUGACAAACUUCUGAUCUAUAGUCCUGCCUGUGAGAUCUGAUUAAUUCCUAUUUGCAGAAGUAUACAAAGCUAAGUCCAUAUUGUCUGAUCCUUCCUAAUCCAAAUAAGGAAAAAAAAUUAUCUUCAGGAGGCGAAAACCCUAAUGCUUCCUGCAGAAACACUGAAACUAGGAACAGUGACCCAAGCUUUCAGAACACAAUGUCGAUUAUUAACAGAGAACAAAGGUAUUGGUUGUCAGCAGUACUAGGAUUUUUGUCUCCUGAAAGUAAGUUAUGGCUAACCAUUUUUUUUCUUAUAAUCAUAAGGUGUGUUAAUUAAAUUUUCCAUUAGAUUAAAAACAAAUAUGUAUUUUUCAUGACUUCGUAUGCCAAAACAGAAACAGAUAACUUAUAGUAAUCAUCAAAUAAAAUACAUGAGAUUUUUCA